AUGCUUCGUAGCAGUCGUCGUACUUCACUGGUUAGCUCGCAACAUUCCCUUCCAUCAAGACGUUCAUCGUCAAAUUUGAAAGACAUUGAACGCAUUCAGAUAGCUGCUGCCCAAGUAAGUAUGUUACUUACUUUGACCGCUAGUAAAGAGUGGAAGAGUAAUAUUUCAAGAGUUACUUAUAAAUUUUUUCAAACAUUGUGGUCUGGCAGUAAUGUUUUCCAACGCAUUUUUCCCUCACCAUUUUCUUCAGCUGCUUGGAAAAUUAUCAUUUUUAUCACUCUUCUGCAACUUGUAUUCUAUCUUGUCCUGCCAGGAGAUAACAAGACAGUCCUCAACAGCAUGGGAGAACGUGAAAAACGUUCAGUCAAUUCGUUUUAUUCAUGCUUACUCGUUAUAUUAUUAUUCAUUCUCGGUUCAGCCUUGGGUUUUUACAAAGCUUCAAUCAUUUACUUGAAUUGGAUUGAAACUUUACUGUUGUUGAAUUUAAUAUCUAUGGUGAUAAUCUUGUCACUAUUUCUACGACAGAGACAUAGGGACGAAGACACAUAUAAUUUACUAGCUUGCGCAAUUUUACAACUUAUUUACAUUGCAAAAACACAUUGGUACGAACAUUUGCGCUACAGUCAAUUGGAUGCACAAAACCAGCGAGCAGGUGGAUUCUUCUGCAUUUGGGGUGCGCUAGUGUUAUUCCCGUCAUUUUACGCCACACCUAUAACGGUACUCGCACAACGUAAGGUUCUUUUACCUUUGCAUAUCAGUGCAAUUUUACUUUUCAUCGGUACUAUUACGGUAUAUGUCACGGCAGACAUCGAUCAGCUACGGGUACAGUUUAGACUUGCAAAUGGGAAUAUGAAAGUUUGGGGUGAAGAUCCUUUCUUCAUCACUGCUAAAUAUCGUCGCAAAAAUGGUGAUAUUGCUGCUAACUUACUUCUAGGUAGUGGAUGGUGGGGUCUUUGUAGGCAUCCAAACUAUUUCUGUGAAUGGCUUACGUUUGCAUCCUGGACAAUGCUACAACAACCUAAUACAAUUUUUACUUGUUCCCCUCUAAUCUUUCUCACCUGCUAUCUUUAUUACCGAUUGAAACAUGACGAAUUGCGAUGCUUGGCAAAAUAUGGACCAUACUGGCUACAGUAUCGAAAUCAUGUGAAAUAUUUGAUCAUACCCACGAUAUAUUGA